GUUUUCCGCCCGCACCGGAGCUUGGGUUUCCGGAAGGACCUGAUUCUGGAAGGGACCAAACCGGAUAGAGGUCGCGCGCCCUCUUUUGUCUGCCUUCCGGUUCACUAAUACGCAAGUUCGCCGAAGGGCGGGAACGCGCCGUCCCUCUGCGCAGGCGCAGUUGGCGGUCGGCGCGGGGCGCUAUGCCGGGGCGGCACGUUUCUCGAGUCCGGGCAUUGUACAAGCGCGUCUUGCAGCUGCACCGUGUUCUGCCCCCGGACCUCAAAUCCCUGGGCGACCAGUACGUGAAAGACGAAUUUAGGAGACAUAAGACCGUUGGUUCUGACGAGGCCCAGCGUUUCUUGCAGGAAUGGGAGGUGUAUGCAACAGUGUUAUCGCAACAAGCUAACGAAAACAGACAAAAUUCAGCUGGAAAAGCAUGUUUUGGCACCUUCCUCCCAGAAGAAAAACUUAAUGACUUCCGUGAUGAACAAAUUGGACAGUUGCAGGAGCUGAUGCAAGAAGCCACAAAACCCAAUAGGCAAUUUAGUAUUUCUGAGUCUACGAAACCAAAAUUUUAGUCUGUACAACAAAGCUUAAUAAGACAUGCAAAAAUUUAGAACCCCUACUUUACUUUAACUGUCAUUGGUUUUUGAAAUAUAUUUAAGCUUUGAAAACACCUGUUAUUAAUGAAAUACUCUUUUAUUUUGGAUAUUAUGAUGCAAUAUAUGGAUCAAGAUCACUAGUGACAAUUGAAAAAACUAUUGGAAUAAUAGCACUUGUAUGAAAUUCAGUUUUGGAACUAAACAGAAAAUAAUGGAUCUAAAAUGGACAAAUUUCUAGAAUUUUGCUGAAAACGUUUUAAAAUGCUAUUCUCAUCCAGCCAUAUUAGCCUUCUGGCUUUUCUUUAGCUUCAUCAAAUAAGUAUGUUGUGAUAAUGAUAGAUGUACAAUUCCAACAAGGUUAUUUUUUAAAUACAUUGUCAUUCUGAACAUUUUAUCACUUCUACUUUAAUAAUACAUACAUGAUUUUUCUUCUGAAUGUCUCUUCUCCCUGCAUCACUGUUCAUUCACAAUGAAAGGUUAGGGAGAAACUUUAAAAUUCACUAUUUGUAUAAUAAACUAUACAAAGUAUAAUAUGUUUCCUCCAGUGUUUGUUAAUAACAACCCCUGAAAUAAUGUGUAGCUACCUUGAGACUCUCAUUUAUCAACUAAUAGUUGAGGACAUUACAAAUCAACUUAAGUAUAAGAAACUUUCCUAAGAUCUCAAAUUUAAAAAACGGUAACCCCAUUUACAACAUAAAAUGUGGAUUUUAAAAAAUAUUAUGCUAAAUGACUUGUAUCUUUAGUUAUUGAAACCUGAUUCCCAGUGUGAUACUAUUUAUUAGGUGGUAGAGCCCUCAUGAAUGGGAUUAGUGCCCUUAUAAAAAAAAAAAAAAGCCCCAGGGAGAUCUCUUACCCCUUCUACCAUAUGAGGAUACAGUGAGAAGAUGUUAAAGCAGAAAGUGGCCCCUCAUGAGACACUGAAUCUGCUGGUGCCCUGAUCUUGUACUUUGCAGUCUCCAAAACAUGAGAAACAGAUUUCUAUUUAUAAGCCACCCAGUUUAUGGUAAUUUGUUAUAGCAGCCCAAAGAGACUAAGACAGUUAGUUAGGGAGGCUUACUCCAAGAUUCUGAAAUGAUCAUUUUUUUAGAUGCACUUGCAAUUUAUGUCAUCUCUUUAGAAACUGAUACACGUUUUCUCUGGGUUGGUGUCUCAUGUGUUCUCUCUUUGUAUAUACCUGCUAGGGCCACCUUAGUCCGUUCUUCCAUCCUUUUUUUUUUUUGAGUCAGUCUGAUCUGUUGGUCUUUCUCACUGAGAAAGAUAAUAAUUAUUCCGUCUAUAUUAUAACAGGCUUCAGGGAUACAACAAUGGAUAAGACAAAGCUCCUGCCCUCAAGAAGUUUAAAAUCUAGUUGUGCAUUCAGGAGCCCUCUUUCAUCAUGAACAAAUACAUCUGCAAACUCUUUACAGCAUUAUCCUUUUCAUCAUGCUUAAUAGAACCUAAUACUUCUGAAGACGCUGCUUCCCUGUAGUCUUGUAAAGUGGGCCACAACUCCCACUUUACAAGAGACCCAUCCUAUUGUCCCUUUCAACCCAUCACUAUGCCACCCUCGCUUAAGAACUCGUUCCUUUGUGGCUUUUUUUCUUUUAGGGUAUACUUCCCUUCUGUUCGUUGGCGCUUGACUUGACUUAACCUCAAAUCUUGCCAUUAUUUUGGUGACUUAGUAUUUACGUCGUUUACUUAUCCAGCAGACUGAGAUUUAUCUGGCAUUAUUCACUUUGAUUCAACCACUCACUCAUGCCAUGGCUACACUUAAACCUUCACUCUGUUCAGAACUGUUUUGCAUCUGAAAUUAUGAAUUUCAAUAUCCUGUGCUUUUGCCACUAUCUGUCUCUUAACAAUAUAAUGUUUCUUACUCCCACUGCACAAUUCAUUCAACAGAUACUUAUUAAAAACCUGCAUUUGCCAGAUGUCAUUCUAGGUACUAGCGAUAUAGCACUUAUCAAAGACAAAAAGUCUACUGCUACCCCCCAUGGAACUCACAUUCUAAAGGAGAAAAAUAAAAUAUGUAGGGUGAUAAGUACUAUUGAGAAAAAUAAAAGCAAGGAUAGGGAAUAGGGCUAUGGUUCUGAAAUUAUAAACUGAGAUUCCCUGGGCACCUCAGAGAACUCAGAGGUGCUGCAGGAUAUUUUAACUUUGAGGAAAUCACAGUCACGUUUUUGUUUGCUGGACACCACACAUGUUACUAGUGCAAGGAUUUUCAGUUUUACAGUUAUAUUGCCACAUUCUUUUAAAUGACAGAUCUUUGUGAAGCUGGGCUUUUAGUGGUUGCUGUGAUAAAAAUGCAAAUAUCACCGAAGAUGAGUAACAGAAAAUGUAGGUAGUGUUGGUCAAUAUGAUUACAGUGUAAGUUGCAUAGUGUCCAACGGGUGCUAAAUUGUUUUAGCAUAAAUAAGUUGUUUGGACUACUUAAUAAAACUAAGUUUUGUUUGCUGUUUUGCCUA